GAAAAAGCUAAUUUUAAAGAAAAAGAUAUAUGUAAAAUUCAGAGUAUAUUGGCCGAAAUUAACGUAGACCACAGGAAAUCUCUUAUUCGUAUAAAUAACAAAAUCGAUGGGACAACAAAAUUGGAUGUGUGUGUAACGAAAUACGAAAUUUAACUUGGAUACUUACGCAAGAGAAGACUGAACUCAGUUCAGCAAGAAUGUAUAACGAAUCGUUAAAUCAGCACUAUUUUAAUGACCUCGUACAGUUUUCAUGGCGCUGCAAGAAAGUGAAGUCGUUUUAAUCACAGGAGCCAGUGGAUUCCUGGCCGGGCAUCUAUUGAAACUUCUCGAGAAGGAUAAGAGCGUCCGAGAGAUCAGAGGGUUGGAUAUCGUUCCAAGAAAAAUGCCGUUUUCUGGAAGAAAAUCAGUUAAGCUUUUUCAAAGAGACCUUACCAACCCGGAAUCCUGCCGCGAAAUUGUCAGAGGAGUUGACGUAGUGUUCCACUGUGCAGCAUACGUCUCUUAUGAAUUUCCCGUGGACAAGGAUCAGCUACACAAGAACAAUGUGCUAGCUACGGAAAACCUGAUAAAUCUCUGCCUCGAGGAAUCUGUACCUCGUAUAGUACAUUGCAGCUCGAGUGAAGUCACUCUUCAAUCUUAUAUAAAAGGUGGUAUUGUCGCUCUAGUAAUCUACAGUCAGGAAUCAAAAAUGAAGAUUCCCAAUGAUGAAAAUAGAUUGAUUUUUGGUGAAUACGCCGCUUCGAAGUUACGUGCGGAGAAGCUGAUAUUGGAUGCUGAUGGAAGUAACAUGAAAAACGGUCUUGGCACUCUUCGCACAACAUCAUUGAGGCCGACUUUACUCUACGGCGAAGAGGAUUCAAAAUUAGUUUCAAAUAUUUUAAUGAUUGCAAAAAAGGGAAAUUACUCUCUAGUAAGACCCGCCGGUGCGGGCGGUAAGCAGCAAUUGACGUACGCUGGAAACGCCGCAUGGGCUUUAAUUUGUGCGAAAAAGACUCUAAAAGAACAGCCUGAAGCGAUCGGAGGACUUCCAGUGACAAUCACCGAUGACACUCCAGUGGAAGAUAUGCUCCGUUUUUGCGAAAGAAUCACCAGAGGUUCUAGGCAUCAGAUUAAGUUCUCCUGGACUAUUCCGAUGUGGAUCUCCUAUACAUUGGCCUUCAUGAUGGAGUUAGCUACGACUUACUUCAAUUACUUCAAGAAAAUGCCAGUUUUGCCUCGAGGCAUAAUUUCCUAUUUAGGAUCCGUUAUAUUGUACAACAGGAUUCGCGCAUCUAUUUACAUGGAUUAUUCGCCGAUCUUUUCAGCCGAUGAAGCUUUUCUGGCAUCGUCGAUUUACUACUGCCAGUUCCUUGAUAAUAUCGAAUGAUUUGUCAAGAGGAGACGAUUUGAGCCAUCCAAUGAAGAAUGUGAAAACUCUGAUGCAAUAAACUCAUUUUUUCUAUUUUU